AUGGGAGACUUCAAUGCUAUAACCAGUUCAAAUGAGAGGUUUGGUGGUUCACAGAAGUGGAGCUCUUCAAUGUCUGACUUGAAAGAUUGCAUUCAACAGGCUGAGCUUGAGGGUUUGAAAUACAAUGGUUUAUUGUAUACUUGGAACAACAAAAGCUUGGGGGAUGCAUGCAUAGCUAGGAAGAUUGAUAGAGCUUUGGUAGUCCAAAAAUUGAAAAAACUCAAGCACAUUCUCAAAUCAACCUGCAGGAAAGAAUUUUCUGAUGUUGGGUCAAGGCUGGAUUCUGUAAAAUUAGAGUUGGAUUCAUGUCAAACUGAUCUUGACAAUUGCCCAAAUGAUAUCCACCUAAGACAACUAGAGAUGGCUCUUAUUGCUGAGUAUUUGAGGUUGGGGAAGGUUCAGGAGGACAUGUUAAGGCAAAAAUCAAGGAUGAUUUGGCUGAAACUAGGAGAUUCCAACUCUUCUUACUUUCACAAAUCCCUUGCCUCCAGAAUUAACAGGAACAAAAUUGUCAGUCUCACAACUGCAGCUGGGGUGGUCAUUGUUGAUCCAGAGGCCAUCAAACAAGAAACAAUCUCUCACUUUCAGAGAUUACUAGGAUGUUCCAUCCUUCUUACUUAUGGCCCAUCUGAUUUAUCCCAAUUCAUUACCAAAUCAGUGCCUUCCAACUUGCUCAGCCUUCUGGAAUCUCCCCCCUCUCCCUUAGAGAUCCAGAAUUGCAUGUUGUCACUCAAUAGGGAUAAGGCUCCAGGCCCGGAUGGUUAUAAUGCACUUUUCUUCCAAAAGACAUGGCACAUUGUGGGGAACUCAAUUAUUAAGGCCAUCUCUAAAUUCUUCAGGAAUGGGAAGCUCCUUUCUGAGAUCAACUGCACUUACAUUUCACUUGUUCCAAAGUGUUCAAAUCCCUCAUUUCUCAAUGACUACAGGCCAAUAUCCUGUUGCAACAUCAUCUACAAGUGUAUAGCAAAAUUGUUGGCUUCCAAGCUUCAACUUACCCUUCCUCAUAUCAUUGACACUACUCAAACAGCUUUUGUCCAAGGCAGAAAGAUCACUGACUCCAUCCUCCUUGCACAUGUGCUUUUAAGAGGUUAUCACAAAGACAUUGGCCCUCCUAGGUGUGCUAUCAAAAUUGACCUUAUGAAAGCUUUUGACUCUAAGGGCAGUUUGCCUAUUAGACAUCUCGGGGUUCCACUGAUCACUACAAACCUUAAGAGCUCUGAUUGUAGAACUCUCAUUGAAAGAAUCACUCACAGGAUCUCUCACUGGUCUGCCAGAUCCCUUUCCUAUGCAGGUCGUUUACAGCUUCUUAAAGCUGUCCUUGUCUCAAUUCAGCUCUAUUGGUCUAGUAUUUUUGUCCUCCCAAAAAGUGUAAUCAAUGAGCUGAACAAGAUCUUCAGAUCUUUUCUUUGGUCAGGACCAGAAUUGAAAUCUACAGGGUCAAAAGUUGCAUGGUAUAAUGUCUGCAGGCCCAAAGCUGAGGGUGGCCUAGACAUCCCCAACCUUGAGGUUGCAAAUAGAGCUGCUAUUCUUAGAUAUAUUUGGGACCUUCAUACAGACAAUUCAGACAGAGUAUGGAUCAAUUGGUGCAGAAUUUACCUCAUAAAGAAUAGAAGCUUUUGGAGCUUGAAGAUCCCCCAGCCUUGCUCUUGGAGCUGGCGAAAAAUUCUUCAGCUGAGGCAUCCAGCUAGACUCAUCAUCAAGCAUAUCAUCGGCAAUGGAAUGGAUACCAACUUUUGGUUGGAUAAUUGGUCUCCAGCAGGUCCUCUCAGCUUAUGUUUUCCUUCCCACAUCCUCUCAAACUUGGGAGCUGAUGAGUUCACUCCUUGGUCAUUCCCCCAUUCACUCUCCAAUGCCGUUCCUGAACUUCUUGCUCUUCCUCAGCCAUGCUCAACCAGAAAAGAUAAGCUAAUUUGGUUAGCAUCCCCCUCUAGUACCUUUAAUCUCAAACAUACCACUCUCCAUCUUGCAAGCAACGGUGAUCAAAUUGCUUGGUGCAACCUUGUAUGGUGCUCUCCCACAAUUCCAAGGAUGAAAUUCAACAUGUGGUUGGCAGCCCAAAGCAGACUUCCAACCCUCGACAGCAGAGCAAUGGCUAGUCAUGAUAACAUAUGUGCUCUAUGCAAUUCUGAGCCUGAAUCCCACUCCCACCUCUUUUUCAGAUGCAUCUUCUCCUCACCAUUAUGGAAAUUCAUACAAGAUAGGUGCAAAUUCUACAAACCAUUCCUCUCUUGGGAGGACAUGAUUCUGUGGAUUAGCCACCGAUGGAAGGGAAGCUCUCCAAUCAACAUGCUUCGGAAGAUAUGCCUCUUAGCCAUGGUGUAUCACAUAUGGGAAGAACGUAACAAUCGAAUCUUCAAAGGCAAAUCGUCUUUGCAGAGAUUGGUGUUGACUAAGGUCAGCAAUACAAUCACAAGCAUUCCCCAAUUGCGCUGCCUUAAGGAUUGUGAAACAUCUAGAUCUAUUUUGCAGUCUUGGAAUUUGUCUCCGGCAUGCUGUCGUCCUCCUCCGAGACCGCUGGAUUAG